AGAAGUUUAAAACCAUGGCACAACUUGUCCUUACACCGUGAUAACCCGGAAGUAUUUAUCGCUUCCGUGUUUUAUAAAUAGAAUCUAAACAAAGCUUUAAACUUAUUGUUGAUAUUUGAGUUCAAACGACAACCCAGCUGACAAUGGGCAAGAUGCAUUCUUAGCUAUCUGUUUACCACAUUCCCUGUGUUUUUAACUUCUGCUUUUACUUCGACUGGAGACGCUAGGUCGCUGAGGUGUCAUUUGAAGCCAAUUUCACUCUUCAGUCAUGGGUUGCUGCACAUCUCAGUUGGCGUGCUGCUGUGGUCCUGCAUCAUGCGCCUUGUGUUGCGGCUUUUUACCUCCGAUAAAUGAGUCAACAGGCACACGUGUUAUGUAUACAGGGCUGCUGACUUUUACUUUUAUACUUCAGUGUUUAAUGCUGGUACCUCAGUUACGGGAAUUUGUUCAGGAUAAUUUUGAUGAGAUGUCAGAUCUGUGUGUAAAGUUUGAACCUGGAGGACACUGCACUCGACUGACAGGAUACAAAGCAGUUUACCGACUAGGACUAGCAGUGGUGACAUUUUACUUUCUGCUCAUGGUGCUGACUAUAUUUGUGCCAUCAAGUGAUCAUUGGAGAGCUAGUGUGCAAAAUGGGUAUUGGCUGUUCAAGUUCUUUGUACUCUGUGGACUGUGUGUUGCAGCAUUUUAUGUCCCACCAGCUUUCAGCGUUUACUGGAUGUAUGUAGGGAUGGUUGGAGGCUUUCUUUUCAUCCUGUUACAGCUGUUAAUGCUGGUGGACUUUUCUCAUGCCUGGAAUGCCUCAUGGGUUGGAAGAACAAAAGGUCGUAGGAAUCUAUGUGGGCUUUUUGCAACCAUAGUGGUUGCAAUCCUAUUGUUUGCACUGGCCGCUGGAGGCAUGGUGCUCCUCUUUGUCUUCUAUGGACUCAAGGAUUGUGAUACAAAUAGGGUGUUCCUUGGAAUCAACACUGGACUUUGCGUUCUUCUGACCUUCAUAACCAUCCUGCCAUGCACGGAAACACGCAAUGCCAACGCUAGUCUCCUCCAGGCCUCAGUGAUAUGUUUAUACGUCGUGUAUCUGACCUGGUCUGCUUUGACGAGUGAACCUCCUGAGCAAUUUGAAAGUCUCCUGGACACAUUAAAUCGGAAAACAAUGGCUUACUUUGGUGCAGACCCGGAUGAUGGCUCUUCUGUAGAGAGGGUGUUGGAUUCAAGCAAAAUUCCGGACAAGGCGUUUGAAGAUAGUUACAACUACACCGCACAAUGUCGACCUGACCCAUCUUUCCCUCAGAGCGACCUGAUUGCAGCUUACGCUGGGCUUCUCAUCAUGUUCAUUAUGGCGGUCUAUGCAAGUGUUCGCACUUCACACGAUGCACACAAACUGGGCAUUAGGACAGAGGGGAAGUCUUGUUUCUGCUGUAUAAUAACAAAACGUGACAACCCCUCUUUGCUAGGAGGGCAGAAAGUAGUUCAGAACGAGGCAGAUGGUGUUGUAUAUUCAUACUCAUUCUUCCACUUCCUGUUCUGCCUGGCUGCACUGUAUAUCAUGAUGCAGCUCACCAACUGGUAUCGACCAUUGGAGACUGAUCUGAACAGAUUUGGCCUCAACUGGGCUUCUGUAUGGGUCAAAAUGGCAUCCAGCUGGGCUUGUGUCAUAAUUUACAUUUGGACUCUUUUCUUACCCAGGUGCUGCCCUGGUAGAAACCUUUCGUUUCCUUAUGCAGCCAGAGAUGAGGAAGGCAAUGAUGAAGCAGAUGGAGAUGGCAGCAUUGACAGUGUGCCUGUGGAGUUUGAACUCUCAAAUGAGGCCAGCCGGCGCAGCAGUCGCCAAAGAUCGUACUCGGAGCAGUCUGUGCGUUCAGGAGGUCAAGCAUCUGUACAAGAACUUCCUCGUAGCUCUAGGGAGAACCUGGCGAAACGAGCAAUAAAAGGUUCCGUGGAGAAUUUGUCAGGUGCUAGAGGAUCACGAGAAAACCUUGCCAAGUUAGCAAUGAAAGGCUCUCGGGAGAAUUUGAGGAAUUCAAAGGCCGCCUCUAGGGAAAAUCUAAGAAAUUCAAAGAUGUCUUCCAAGGAGAACUUGAGAACCCCAUCACGAGAGCAGUUGAAGCCUUUGACAGGCUCCAGGGAACAACUGGACAGCCCAAUGGACAAAUCUGGUCCAAGUAGUGGAGUUAAGCAUCAGCUGAAAAAGAAGAAGAUGGCUGGUUCUAAGGAAAACGUCAAUCUGAUGAAAGACCGAAUGAAUGCUUCACGAGAGAAGUUAUCAACUUCACAGUCAUCUUUGUCCCGGGAUCCAGAUAACGAGCCAGGGGCUCAGGCCAAGUCCCCUCCCAAAGCCCGCUCUAGCCUUGUGUGAUGUGACUUUCCUUUGUAGUGGAGAGGAGAGACUUGUCUUGUAAAUGUUGUGGUCUUUGGUAUCAUAAAACCAUUGUCUUCUUACGACUCGUAGCGAUUUGUUGUUUUUCCUGGUUGCCUGAUUAAAGCUAAAAGAUAACACAGUCUUACUGAAAAGGUCAAGCUGACAAAAUUGUUUGUUUAUUGUUAGUUGAAACAUUUCAGAUUACUGCUGGUUUGUUUGGGGGGGUUCAUAUUCAUGACAUAUUUACCAAAUGUUGGACUUGUGGCCAAUAGAAAAUAAGACAUGUUAGAUGAUAAGACAACUGGCUACCUUCGAACA